UAACUCACCUAUAUAUAUAAGCCCCCUCUUCAACCCUCUUCGAUAUCUAUAUAUCUUAUAUAUACACACACUCUUUCUCUCACCUCCAUACCUUUCGUUUCUCUGUUCAUUUUUUUUUUUCAAAAUUCUCUUUUUUGUUUUUAGUUUUGAAUUUUCCGGCGACUAUGUUGGGGGCGGUGAUUCUGCCAGAUCUCGGAACGCAGAUUUUCAUUCCGGCUUGCGCGGUGGUCGGAAUUGCGUUCUCGUUGCUUCAAUGGUAUUUGGUAUCGAAAGUUAAGCUCUCUCCGACGACCAGAGAAGCUCACAACAACGGAAAGAAUGGCUACGCCGAUUACCUUAUCGAAGAGGAGGAAGGCCUCAACGACCACAACGUUGUCCUCAAGUGCGCUGAAAUCCAAAACGCCAUAUCUGAAGGAGCAACUUCCUUCCUUUUCACGGAGUACCAGUAUGUUGGCAUUUUCAUGGCAAUCUUUGCUGUCUUGAUUUUCCUUUUCCUUGGCUCUGUGGAGGGAUUCAGCACAAGUUUCCAGCCGUGCACCUAUGACAAGACUAAAAUGUGCAAGCCAGCACUUGCUAAUGCCGUCUUUAGCACCAUUUCCUUUAUUCUUGGUGCUGUCACAUCGGUGGUUUCUGGUUUCCUUGGAAUGAAAAUUGCCACCUAUGCAAAUGCCAGAACAACGCUGGAGGCAAGGAAAGGUGUUGGAAAGGCUUUUAUCACUGCAUUCAGGUCUGGUGCUGUAAUGGGAUUUCUCCUUGCCGCAAGUGGUCUAUUGGUUCUUUUUAUUACUAUCAAUCUCUUCAAGCUGUACUAUGGUGAUGACUGGGAAGGUCUUUUUGAAGCUAUUACUGGUUAUGGGCUUGGUGGAUCUUCCAUGGCUCUCUUUGGUAGAGUUGGUGGGGGUAUCUACACCAAAGCUGCUGAUGUUGGUGCUGAUCUUGUUGGCAAGGUUGAGAGGAACAUCCCUGAGGAUGACCCAAGGAACCCUGCUGUCAUUGCUGACAAUGUUGGUGACAAUGUUGGUGAUAUAGCUGGUAUGGGAUCGGAUCUUUUUGGCUCAUAUGCUGAGUCCUCUUGUGCUGCUCUUGUUGUUGCUUCCAUCUCUUCCUUUGGGAUUAAUCACGAGCUGACUGCAAUGCUAUAUCCUCUCAUAAUCAGCUCCGUUGGUAUCCUUGUAUGUUUGAUCACCACCCUUUUCGCAACUGAUUUCUUUGAGAUAAAGAAUGUGAAUGAAAUUGAACCCGCGUUAAAGAAGCAGCUAAUCAUUUCCACUGCUCUGAUGACUAUUGGAAUUGCUGUUGUUAGUUGGAUUGCCCUCCCAUCUACCUUCACCAUCUUUAAUUUUGGAACACAGAAAGUUGUACACAACUGGCAACUUUUCUUAUGUGUUGCUGUUGGUCUCUGGGCUGGACUUAUCAUUGGUUUUGUCACCGAGUAUUAUACUAGCAAUGCAUACAGCCCUGUGCAAGACGUUGCCGAUUCUUGCCGGACUGGAGCUGCCACUAAUGUUAUCUUUGGUCUCGCAUUGGGAUACAAAUCUGUCAUCAUUCCCAUUUUUGCUAUUGCAGCAAGCAUUUUUGUUAGUUUUAGCUUCGCUGCUAUGUAUGGUAUUGCUGUAGCUGCACUUGGAAUGCUGAGUACCAUUGCAACUGGAUUGGCCAUUGAUGCAUAUGGCCCAAUCAGUGACAAUGCUGGAGGUAUUGCUGAGAUGGCUGGUAUGAGCCACAGAAUCCGAGAGAGAACUGAUGCUCUUGAUGCUGCUGGAAACACCACUGCUGCUAUUGGAAAGGGUUUUGCUAUUGGUUCUGCUGCCCUUGUAUCCCUAGCUCUUUUCGGUGCCUUCGUCAGCCGUGCAGCUAUCACAACAGUUGAUGUCUUAACCCCAAAGGUGUUCAUUGGUUUAAUUGUUGGUGCCAUGCUUCCAUAUUGGUUCUCUGCCAUGACAAUGAAGAGUGUUGGAAGUGCGGCUCUAAAGAUGGUUGAGGAAGUGCGUAGGCAGUUCAACACCAUCCCAGGUCUCAUGGAGGGCACUACCAAGCCUGACUAUGCAACCUGCGUGAAGAUCUCAACUGAUGCCUCCAUCAAAGAGAUGAUCCCACCAGGUGCUCUUGUCAUGCUCACACCACUCAUUGUUGGAAUCUUUUUUGGAGUUGAAACCCUCUCUGGUGUCCUUGCUGGAUCCCUCAUCUCCGGUGUACAGAUUGCUAUUUCUGCAUCCAACACCGGUGGUGCUUGGGACAAUGCCAAGAAAUAUAUUGAGGCUGGAUCUUCAGAGCACGCAAGAAGCCUUGGUCCCAAAGGUUCAGACCCACACAAGGCGGCGGUCAUUGGUGACACCAUUGGCGAUCCCCUGAAAGAUACAUCCGGGCCAUCUCUCAACAUCCUUAUCAAGCUGAUGGCUGUCGAAUCUCUUGUUUUUGCUCCCUUCUUCGCCACACACGGUGGCCUGCUCUUCAAGAUAUUUUAAGAGCAUUGAAUUAUGAUUCCUCACCCCUUAUCUACCACCACAAUUUCAUUCCAUCCCCAAUCAUUGGCCGCAUCUUUCAUUGCUGACCUUUUCUCCCCCCUCCUUUUUAUUCACCUCUCCUUAAACCAGGAAAAAAAUAUAUUUAGUCUGUAGUUGAUGUUAUGUUAUAUAGCUUCUGAAACAAGUUAUCUUCCAAGGUUGGAUCAACCAUGAAAUUUUCCCCUUUUAAGGGUUUGAUUAUGACGUUGGCCAUUAUGUUGUUGAUGAUGAUGAUAAUUCUUGAGUUUAUCAGGAGCGCUAUAUGUGAUUUUUUUUGUUUAAUAAUUUUAAUAAUUCAUUUUUUGAA